AUGGCAUUGGCAUUGCUUCCACCUUACCACUCGAACUACCCUCUACAACAUCCUCUACCCUCGCCAACCGUACUGCUGGCUUCAGCGGCAAUGGAGCAGGCCAAUAAGUUCAGGCCAUCGCUACCUUCAAUUUCCAGUCUCAUCGAGGCGGUUACAGAGCAGUCUGAAAAAGGAAACGCAUCCUCUCCAACAUUCGGGGCUCCGCGAAGGAUAUCUGGAGGUUCACAUGGACAGGGAAUCAGCCCGGAAAGACCACAACUAUCAGGAAGCCCCCGAAGUCUUCCCCCACCGACACCAGAAUUACCGCCGCCAUCGAGAUUCGACUUGCCCCGACCCUCUCCCAUCAACACUUCGCCGAUCUCAGGCCCCAACCGAAGCAGUUAUCAUCAAAGCACGAAUCCUGAGUUGUACGCUCAACGGCCAUCAGCUUGUCCCCCGGUGACGGAAGGAGCCACGACAUAUCCUUCGUCAACUGACUCGAGGGCAUGGCCACCUUCGCAUCUUCCAAGGCUUGCAGCUGACGCUGUGCAGUCAGACCAGCCGCCCAAAGCUCUAGCAGUGCCUUCAAUCGAGGCACGUCCAGCAGAGGUACCAGCAUACAAUGGGCUUUCUCAGCAACGGCCUCUGCCAAUAGAUUUCCCGGGCCCCAUUCCUCACAUUGGGGUGGCAGCCGUCGACUAUACAGUGGCGCCAGCGUGGCAGCUUCCUCAGUACUAUCCCCCCGUCCACAACUCAUACCCUCACAGCCACGAGCGCUACAUAUGCCCAACUUGCCACAAACCCUUCUCCAGGCCGAGUUCAUUAAAGAUUCACACUUACUCGCAUACGGGAGAGAAACCUUAUAGGUGCAAGGAUGUCAUGGGGGUGAAACAGCUGCAGCGCGAGGUUCCUUUCCCCGAACGAGCUACUGAACAUCACUUUACUGGCAACUUUGCCUUGUCAUCUACCUUUCAACCCAGAAGAGAGUCCUCCACCCUUGCGACCGACCAGCGCACCCGUCUCAGCUUCUCCUGCACCCGCGGACUUUUUCUGUGGGAGGCAAUAAAAUUCUAA